GUCCUCAUCUCUCUCCACUUUCUUUCCUCUUUGCAGCAGCGAAGAGAGGUAGAGGGAUAGGGAUAGAGAUAUAGAUAGAUACGGAGAGAAGCUCUCGCUCUCUCUGCGAAACGCUUCUUCCUUUCUUCGUUCGUUUCUUUAUCCUUCGAAUAAUAGAAACUCUUCUUCGUCUUUAAUCUCCCGAUCGGCUCGUUUAGGUUGGUCGAUUGUUUCUUAUCGUUUUUUUUUGUUUGUGAUUGAUUGGUCGGCGGCGAUUGUCUACAAUUGAGAGAGAAAGACCGAGUUAUGCAGGCAGAUCAGACGGUGUUGAGCUUAAGGCCUGGUGGUGGAGCCAACCGAGGAAGCAGAUUUCUUGCCCCUCGCUUCGACUCUGCUUUCGGCAAUAGUUCUGGUACUGGUGGUGCUGGUGGUUCAUCUUCGAUCUCAUCCUCAUCGUCCUCCGAUCAACUGCUCCUCCGUCCUCAUGUCACUUAUUCUCUUAAGACUGGUGACUCACGGUUUGAGGCCCGUGAGCAUGUUCGAUACACUCGUGACCAGCUGUUACAGCUGAGAGAGGCUGUUGAUGCCCCUGAAGAUAUCCUGAAAAUCAAGCAAGAAAUUGAGGCUGAAUUUUUUGGUGAGGAGCAGAACUGGAGUCGUGGAGAUGCAAAUCUGCAACCUCAAACCCAAAUUCGUUAUAUUGAACCAGACAACCGUGAUUGGCGUGGUCGAUCAGGACAGUUGCCUGCUGGUGAGGAGAGGUCCUGGGAUACUAUUCGGGAAAGUAAGGAGUUAGGAAUUCGAUCAGAUUCAAGGCAGCAGGAAGCAAAUCAUUAUAAUCGCCAAGACCAAUUAAACUCUCAGUUUGCGAGGGCUCAAAUCUCUUCUAACCAAGGGACAGGACCUGCCCCAGCUCUUGUCAAAGCUGAGGUGCCAUGGUCAGCUCGAAGGGGGACUCUCUCUGAGAAAGAACGUGUUUUAAAGACAGUGAAAGGUAUUUUGAACAAGCUGACGCCAGAGAAAUUUGAUCUUCUCAAAGGGCAACUGAUUGACGCUGGGAUCACAACACCCGAUAUCUUAAAGGGUGUUAUCUCACUUAUUUUUGACAAGGCUGUGCUGGAGCCAACAUUUUGCCCAAUGUACGCUCUACUCUGUUCUGAUCUAAAUGAAAAGCUGCCACCAUUCCCUUCUGAAGAGCCUGGUGGAAAGGAAAUCACGUUCAAGCGUAUUCUCUUGAAUAUUUGCCAAGAGGCAUUUGAAGGUGCUGACAAUCUUAGGGCGGAAAUUAGGCUAAUGAUUGCGCCUGAGCAAGAGUUGGAACGUAGGGAUAAAGAAAGAAUGGUGAAGCUGCGUACUCUUGGAAACAUCCGCCUUAUUGGUGAACUUUUGAAGCAGAAGAUGGUGCCCGAGAAGAUUGUUCAUCACAUUGUUCAGGAGCUUUUGGGGCAUGAUAGUAAAACAUGUCCAGAUGAGGAGAAUGUUGAGGCUAUAUGUCAGUUCUUCAUUACCAUUGGGAAGCAGUUGGAUGAGAGCCCAAAAUCUAAGCGUAUCAAUGAUGUCUACUUCAGCCGAUUGAAAGAACUGACAACAAACCCUCAGUUGGCACCAAGGCUAAGGUUUAUGGUCCGUGAUGUUCUGGAUCUACGAGCCUGUAACUGGGUCCCCAGGCGUGAGGAGGUGAAAGCUAAGACCAUCACUGAAAUACACUCAGAGGCGGAGAAGAAUCUUGGGUUGCGUCCUGGUGCAAUGGCCAGCAUGAGAAAUGGUCGUGCAGCCAGUGGUAGCCUAGGGGGGGUUGGCCCAGGGGGGUUCCCUAUUAACAGACCGGGCACUGGGGGGAUGAUGCCUGGAAUGCCUGGUACCAGGAAGAUGCCUGGGAUGCCUGGGAUGGACAAUGACAAUUGGGAGGUUCCCCGUACUCGUUCAGUGCCUAGGGGUGACGGUCUCAGUAUGCAGUCUGGUCGAGUUCAGCCCCCUAUGAUUGGGAGACCUGGUUCUUUUAACCCGAAGCUGCUGCCCCAGGGUAGUGGGGGCCUGAUAACUGGCAAGACAAGUGCACUAUUGGGUGGUGGCGCCCCUCCUGCACGUUCUCCUAAGGUUGUCUCAGGUGUAGAUCCUGUUGCUCAGAUCCCUGGACCCACGAGGGCUGUUUUGGGACCAUCAGCAGUUCCAGCUCCUGAGAGGCCAUCAGCUCCUCCAACAAGAGCAAAUCCUGUUGAGCUUCGGAGGAAAACAGUUGCUCUUCUGGAGGAAUACUUCCAGGUUCUCCUUUUGGAUGAAGCGUUACAGUGCGUAGAGGACUUGAAAGCUCCUUCCUAUCACCCAGAGUUGGUUAAGGAAGCUAUCAAUUUUGCAUUGGAGAAAGGUUCGGCCUGUGUGGAGCUGGUUGCAAAGCUCUUGGAAUACUUGUUCACCAAGGAGGUUCUGACAGCCAGGGACAUAGGUACUGGAUGUCUUCUCUAUGGUUCAAUGUUGGAUGACAUCGCAAUUGAUUUACCAAAAGCACCUAUCAGUUUUGGUGAGGUUGUGGGGAAGCUUGUCUUGGUUGGUGUCCUGGACUUCAAGGUGGUGGUGGAGAUAAUGAAGAAGGUUGAAGAGCCUCGGUUCCAGAAAGCUAUUUUUGAUGCUGCCAUGAGGACCGUCAGUUCUAGUACUCCUGGGCAAGGAAUAGUUGGUGCUCAGGGUGCUGAUAUCCAAGCUUGUGAAGCUUUGUUCUCUUGAUUCCAUUGGAGCCCUUAGCUUGCAGUUCUUCUUUGUAACCAGAGAAACUAGAUUAUCCUGUUUUUUUAUUUUUUAUUUUUAAAUCUCAAUCUCCGUUUUACUCUUUUACCCCCUUUUGGGGCGAGCAACUUGUGUUAAAGUCUGUGAUAAGCCAGAGCUGCGGAGAACCCUUAAUUUUAUUGAGUUGUAUAUUUUUGAGGUCA